AUUCCAACGUUCGUGGUUUUAGACGUUACUAAAAAAAAGAUGGCGUCAAAAAAGAAAACCAAAACACGUGUGAAAGAGUUUGAUCUAGAUAUUAAGAUUGUCGGUGAACUUGGUGGAGAUAAGAAUGAUAUUCAGUUGUUGAAAGGAAUAGAUGAAAGUGAUGAAGAAAUAAUUGAUGUCUUUGAUGACAGCGGACAUGAAGAUGGAAUUAAGAGGGAUGAGAUCAUAGAUUUUAUAAAGAAUCUUGGAAUUCGUGAACAGUUUGCUGAAGAUGAGCCAGAGGAGGAUAAAGGGAAGAAGAAGAAGAACAAGAAACUUGCAACUAUACCUGGCUCAGAAGAAACUGAAGUGCAAGAAGAACCUCCACCAGGGGCAAAGAAGAAGCAGAAAAACAAAUACAAGAUUCAGCAUGAGGAGAUAUCAAGCACAACAUCAAACUUACAGAAAAGUAAAGGCUGGAGUUUGAAAACCCAUCAGUCUCUUUAUACGUCAAGAUCCUAUCUGCUGGUUAAACCUGGUCAGGAGAGCUUUGAGGAGGAGGAUGUUGAGGAAAUAACAUCCCUGCCAUCUGAUUUGGAAGAACAGCUGGAGUCUUUUGCAUCAAAAUUAUUGGAAGAUGAAGUGUCUGUGUAUCUCAGACAGCGAGAGAAUGCAAAGAAAUCGGAGACAAGGUGGAUUAAAACCGUUCUAACCACUGGGACCCUCACAGACAAGGUGGCGGCUCUGACUCUGCUUGUCCAGGAAUCUCCAAUCCACAAUCUACAGAACCUGGAUAGUCUCCUGAACAUGUGCAGGAAGAAGAGCAAGCGGGAGAGCAUGGUUGCUGCAGAUACAUUGAAAGACUUGUUCAUCACAAAUUUGUUACCAGACAGAAAAUUAAAGCCAUUUGAUGAACAUCCUUUUGGAGAUCUAGGGGAGAUUUCUGGUGGAAAUAAAGAUACUGUUGACAGAAAACUUUUGAAAUGGUUCUAUGAACACAAGUUAAAGGAGAAAUAUUCUUCAUUCAUCAAAGCUCUUGAGGUGAUGUCAAAGGACAAUAUUUUGGCUACGAGACAAAAGGCGUUAGGCAUAUUCUUUGAAUUGCUUGUGGAAAAGCCUGAGGAAGAGAAGGUUUUGUUGGGGUUGUUAGUAAAUAAAGUUGGAGAUCCUGAGUACAAAGUAGCUGCUCAAGCAUCACAUCAGUUGACAAAGCUCGUGGACAAACAUCCCAACAUGAAGACGGUGGUUGUCAAGGAGGUGGAGCAGUUACUGUAUCGGCCCAACAUUCCCGUCAAAGCGCAGUAUUACUGCAUCUGUUUCAUUAACCGUCUGCUAUUAAGCCACGAGGAGAAAGACCUUGCUGUGAAACUCAUUAGGCUUUACUUCUCAUUUUUCAAGUCAUUUGUGAACAGAGGGGAGAUAGACAGCAGGAUGAUGAGUGCACUGCUUACAGGAGUCAACCGAGCCUAUCCUUAUGCCAAAAUGGAGGCAGAUUACAUUGGUGAACAGAUGAACACUUUGUACAAGAUCAUCCACACCGUCAACUUCAACACCAGUGUCCAGGCUCUGAUGCUAAUCUAUCAGGUUAUGGAUUCCAGUGAAAGCAUUUCUGACCGGUACUAUGUAGCUCUGUAUAAGAAGUUAUUGGAACCUGAAUUAAAGCAUGCUGCCAAACAAACCAUGUUUCUCAACCUCCUGUUUAAAAGUCUGAAGAAAGAUGUGGUGGAGCGACGGGUGAAGGCCUUUGUGAAGCGACUUUUACAAGUCUGCUCUUACCAACCUGUGCAGUUUGUUUGUGGAGCAUUAGUACUUCUUGGAGAAUUGAUGAAGGUCCACAUUGGCAUCCUUUCAUUUACCCAUACAAAAGAAGAGGACUCUGAUGACGAGGAGCACUAUGAAGAUUUACCUGCCCCUGAUGAGAGUGAAGCAAACGAUACAACUAGUUCUGAGAGCAGCGAGUCAGAGGAUGAGCAGAAGAGGGCAAAGUCAAAUAAAUCUUCCUGGGUUCAUAAAAACUUAAUAAAUUCUGGUUUCACAAAAACACCUGAGUAUGACCCUCACCACAGGAACCCUUUGUAUUGUCGAGCAGAUUCUGAAUGUUUUUGGGAAUUACAGAAACUUUCUCAACAUUUCCAUCCUACUGUUUCAUUAUUUGCAUCAAACCUUCUUAAGGGUGAACGGGUGCGGUAUACAGGAGACCCCCUACAGGAUUUCACCAUCAUCAGGUUCCUAGACAGAUUUGUGUAUAAGAACCCAAAGAAACCAGAGACAUUUACAGAGAUGCAGGGAACCUUGUCCAGGUCAAAGUUCAACACUAAAGUUACCAGGCUAAAAGGAGUAAAGAAGGUCCCGGUGUCCAGUGAGGACUAUUUACAGAGAGCAGAGAAUUACCUCCCAGCAGAUGAAAUAUUUUAUCAUAGAUUCUUCAAGCAGAAAGCAGAGAAAGAUAAGAAACCAAAGGAAGUUGAGGAAGAGGAGGAGAGUGAUGAAGAUGUCAGUGACUCGGAGUUUGACCAGUAUCUGGACACUUAUGAGAAGCAGUUUGAAGGAGGUGGUAUUGGGGAUGACUUCAGUAAUGCAGACAUGGACUUUGCCAGUGCUGUGGGCAUGAGAGCUUCCAAGAAAGGAAAGCUGGUGAUGAAGGGAUCUGAUGAGGAAGACAGUGAAGAGGAUGACAUGGACUUGUCUGAUGAAGAGGUGGACUUCGAACAAGAUGAAGACUUUGCCCGAGAAUUCCAGGAGUUUGAUGCUGAUAUCAGUGAUGUCGAGGAGGAAGCAGAAAACAGUAGUGAAGAUGAAUUUGCAGAGUUAACACAGAAGAAACCAGGUUCAAAACGCAAGGUCAAGUCAGUCAUUGAAACUGUAGGAAGAAAAAAAACCAAAAAGUCAGAGAAGUUUGAUACUAAUCUGUUUGCUUCAGCAGAUGAGUUUGCUGAUGUGAUUGAGGAGAGCACCAGUUCUGGCUGGGAUACCCUGGGAUCCAGUGCUCUAUCAAACCAGGAUAAAUCUAGUGCUAAACAAUUGAAAUGGGAAAUGGAUCGUGAUAGUUGGAUAAAAGGAAGAAAUAAAAAGUUUAUAAACAAAGGUCGGAAAACCAAGGAAAAGCCGUCAUUUAAAUCUGGACAUAAAAAUAUCAAAAAGAAAAAGUGAUAGGCUGUGUUUAUCUAUUUGUUCCACAAUAAAUGAUUUUAAUAUGCA